GAAGGGGCGGCACAUUUCGUUCCACUAAGUUCCCAAAAGGGAGAAGGUGUAAAAAUGAGUCGACAAGCAUGAGAAACGGUCAAACGUGAGAGAAGAAAGAGCAUCGAACGGCUGCAUGGAUCUGAGAAACCAAGAGGAUGAUGGUAAAAGAGACACACCUGCAGAUUCAGGAUGCUGUCAAAUGUGCCAGCUGACAACUCGUGUGGCGGUUGCUACAGCAACAGCAGUUCUGGUCAUAGGACUUAUUUUGUAUUUGGUAUUAUUUGUGACGUGGACGGGAGCACUAGACGUGGAUCAGAACUCCAACACUUUGGGAGAUGAGCUGAUGGAGCAACUGCAGCAGUGCCAAAGAGAGCGCCAUGAUGUGAACCUGAUGCUGCACACUGUCACUCAAGACUCCAGGUGCAGUGUGUGUCCAGGCGGCUGGCAGUGGUGGAGGAGUCACUGCUACUUGUUUUCAGUGGGACUGCAUGAAAAUCGUCCGUGGAAGGAGAGCGCAGAGUUCUGCGUGCAGCACAACAGCAGCCUGGCCGUCAUCAAAGACUCUGCAGAGAUGGGAUUUAUCCAAGGUGCGAUGAGGAAGUUCCCUCACUUGCCCUUCCUGUGGGUGGGACUGACAGACGCUAAGCAGGAGGGUCAGUGGCUGUGGUGGGAUGGGGCGGACAUCCAGCACUACAUGCGGGUGACAGUGGAGUGGGAUGAUGAUCACAGGGACUGUGCGGACCUGAGGGGAGGCAGUCGUCUCUUCGCCGCCAGCUGUGAGGCGUAUGGACCCUGGGUCUGUAAGAGAGGCUCCUGACACAUCUUAUAUUUCUUUUAUACCACAGAUUUGAUAUUGCUACAGAAUUUGGCAACCCCACUUCAGCUGCACCAUGUCAUGUGAAGUUAUCUAUUGUCUUAAAUGAUAAAGUCAGAGAUGUGAAAUGUUUAUUAUGUGCAUUUCUGAAAGUGCAUUAUAAAGUGCAUGCAUGUACGGUAUGUAGAUGCAGAAUGUGUUCACACUUUCAUGUCUACACAUAAAUAAGAAUAUUGUAGAAAUGUGUGCCGUUUUUAAAUAAAUACUUUAUACUUAC